ACGAAUAACUUCCUUAUUCCCUCUGAACGUGCACUAUAUAGGGCUUGAGAGAAUGACGUAUUCAGGCUAAGUAGUGGUGUAUGUGCCAGAAAGUAAGUGAUUUGGGAUCGAGCCGUUGUCAAACUGAUGCUCCACAGUUGGUUAGAUUACGGAGGGACCGGGGGAGAGUUCGGUGAGGACUGGCGGAGAUUUAACGGAACUCCUCUGGUAUGGGCCUGUUCGCGCGCGUGCGGAAGGAAUGGUUCAUUGUCGGUAUCGCGCUCGCGAUCGCUUCGGCCAAGCUCGCGCCGUCCGUCGGGGUGAAAGGAGGUCCUCUUCAUCCUGAGAUCACCAUCACCUACAUAGCAGUGUCAACCAUCUUCUUUAACAGCGGUCUGUCCUUAAAAACUGAGGAGUUGGCGACUGCAUUAAUGCACGUGAAGUUACAUCUGUUUGUUCAGACAUUCACUCUGGUCUUUUUCCCUGUGGCCAUCUGGGCUCUUCUCAAAGUGCUGGCACUAACUGCUAUUAAUGAAUGGCUUCUCAAAGGGUUACAGACAGUGGGCUGUAUGCCUCCUCCUGUGUCCUCAGCCGUCAUUCUCACUAAAGCUGUUGGGGGGAACGAGGCUGCAGCCAUUUUCAAUUCCGCGUUUGGAAGUUUUCUGGGGAUCAUUGUCACACCACUGCUGCUGUUGCUGUUUCUUGGCUCGUCCUCUUCAGUACCAUUCUCCUCCAUCUUCUCUCAGCUCUUCAUGACCGUAGUUGUCCCUCUUAUAGUUGGGCAGGUGUGUAGGAGGUUCCUGAGGGAGUGGCUGGAGAGGAGGAAGCCUCCGUUUGGCACAGUGAGCAGUGUUGUUCUGCUCAUGAUCAUCUACACUACAUUCUGUGACACGUUCUCCAACCCCAACAUCGAACUGGAUCAUCUCAGCCUCCUCAUCAUCGUCUUCAUCAUUUUUACUGUUCAGCUCACAUUCAUGUUACUGAAUUUUUUCUUGUCUACCAGGAAGUCUUCAGGCUUCACAGCAACAGAUUCUGUAGCAAUACUGUUUUGCUCUACGCACAAAUCCCUCACACUGGGUAUCCCCAUGCUGAAGAUUGUAUUUGCAGGCUUUGAGCAUCUCUCGCUUAUCUCAGUGCCUCUGCUCAUCUAUCACCCGGCUCAGAUCCUCUUGGGCAGCAUCCUGGUGCCAACUAUCAAAGCCUGGAUGAAUACGAGUCAGAAGUCUGCCAUUUUAGUGCAGUAAGUCUGCAUGCCUUUACCUCCUCCACCUGCGAGUCCGCCCUGAAAUUGACCAACUUGCAGCCCAUCUGAGAGAAUUGUGAAUAAAUAUACCUCAGAAUGAAACAUAACGGGACCCAAAGCUGACUUUAUCUGCAGUUAUCCGUCAUUCCUGAUGAAGGACGAGAGAUGUGUUCCAGGAUGGAGGGAUGACAAAGUGCCUUAUUGUGACUAGCGGGACCUCAGGCAGCUUCAGUGGCUUGCCACUCUCUCUCUCUCUCUCUCUCUCUCUCUCUCUCUAUCUAUUUAUCUAUCUAUCUGCAGGGAAAUAAUUUUACACAGAAAAGCUCAGAAUGAUUCCGUGAGCACUUUUUUUUUGUUUUGUUUUUUUGUUUUGUUUUUUUUAAUAUGUGAAUGUACAGCUUUAUUUUUUUAUUGAAGUGAUUAAUGCUUUGCACAAUAAGAACAUGAUGAGGAUAUUUCGAGUCUUUUUUUUUCCCCCAUUGUGUUUUUUUCCCCCCAAAUAUAUUUGUAUCUCCAUCAAGGACCCGAAAGCCUAAUCUGUUGGAUCUGUUAUUAAGGUUCAGUUUUCUUUGUAUGUAUCUCAACCUGAAAUGGGGACAUUAAGGUCAGUGUUCUUGAUGUUAGGGCUGCACGAUAUGGACAAGAAAUCAUGUCGGUGUUAUAUUUUACGUAUUGUUACCUUUUAACCCCAAAUCAGGUUCAAGAAAGAGCUGUGUAACUGGGACCAAACAGAAUUUGGAUGUUGUGAUUAAUCCAAACUUUGAGGAUGAUUACUAACAUACAGUAUUUAGAAGGGGCGACACACUAGUGUAGUGGUUAGUACUGUCGCCUCAAAGCAAGAAGGUUCUGGGUACAAGCCCAGUGGCCGACGAGGGCCUUUCUGUGUGGAGUUUGCAUGUUCUCCCCAUGUCUGUGUGGGCUUCCUCCAGGUGCUCCAGUUUACCCCACAGUCCAAAGAUAUGCUAAUUGGUGGCUCUAAAUUGACCGUAGGUGUUAAUGUGAGUGUGAAUGAUUGUUUGUUUGUCUCUAUGUGUCAGCCCUGCAAUGACCUGGUGACUUGUCCAGGGUGUACCCUGCCUCUCACUCAUAGUCAGCUGGGAUAGGCUCCAGCUUUCCCGCGACCCUGCACAGGAUAAGCGGUUACAGAUAAUGGAUGUAUUUUAGAGGUUAAACGAUGCAUUUGAAUAUUGCGUCCUUCAGCAAUAUAUCAGUAUUGCAAAGUCUAAUAUCAUAAUAAUGAUUAUCAAAUAAUACAUUGUACAACCCUGCCAGAGUUCAGCCUUGUGUUUUUACUGCCUCAAUUCCUCAGACAAUAAAACACCCAAAAUAAUAAAUUACAACUUGGAUAA